GCAUUUUCAUCCUUGAGCCACUUCACUCUCGAUAUCCUUCAGGGACACGAGUAUCAAACAUAUCACAAACACUAUCGCUAUCCUUCUCAUACGGUACCAGGCUUUACCCAGAGGCACUCGCACCAAUUCUUCAGCCUAACGAACCACAUUUUCGAGCUUGCUAUUUGCUGGAAUCGAGAUUCUGACCCUAUAGAGGUAGUACGAAACUCGUUGUAGGCUCAAUUACCUCAAAAUGCCAACCACCAGCCAGUCUACGAUUUUUAGUUCUUUCAAUGAAGCAAUGACGGACUUGAAAUUGCCUGCUUCAAGGCAGAGGGCACCUUCUGCACUUACUCGCAAUGGCACAUCUGAUCGAACAGACCCUCCAAAAUUCUGGAUCGAGGUAGACGCCGGAAUCUGGGUUCAAUUCGCACGGGACGUUCUGAAUCUUCCAGAAAUCAAAGAAGCAUUGCGUGCAUACUACCUCCCUGCGAUUGAGCGCCCAUUUGAAAUCCAUAACGAAGCGGAUGUAGUCCGGGCGACGACGUUAUACCUGACCAAUCCCAUUAACAAAGCUCUCGAAAAGAUCUUUAACCAGACCAUUUCUUUCCAUGCGGAACAUGUAGAGAAUUCAGAUGGUGAAAGCGUUCGUGCUGAUCUCGUAUGGAAAUAUUCGGAUCCUCAAACAAAAAAAUCAACGAUCGUAGCUGUUCUGGAGCUGAAAAAAAGAGGAGUCAUGCAGUAUUCGCAAUGGCAACAGUCCCAGACCUCGAACGAUGCUCGUAGUAUUGGAAGGCGGAUGGAACAAAUUCGAGCACAGGAUCGCUCGCAAAAUCCUUCUGGCACGCUUCUUUUCUCCCAUUCGCGUACACUGUCCAAACAGGCUGCUGCCUAUGGCGUUAGGUUCGGAACCAAAUACGUCGCGCUAUACGAUUAUAACGACCUUUUUCUAUAUUACUUCAACGCCCUCAGUGCAGGAGGUGUUGGCGACAUUGCUUCUGGCACAUACAUCGGAACGGAGCAAGCACCUGACGUCACCCAACGCAAAGCACUGCUAGGCUGGCUCGUCCGCGCAUGUGCUGAGAAAGGCCUGGGAAAAGGCGGAGAAACGAUCGCACCCCAGACGUUCUCCGGACCAGUUCCCGUCCCCGCCCCGGAACAAACACAAGCCACUGCAGGUGCUCAGCAACAUGACACCUCGUGCGUCGCCGACUUGAGGCGCUCGGGUCGUCAUCAUACCCGUGGCGGACCGUCACAGGGGGGACAGUAUACACAGUCGAACCAGCAGUUUACGUCUACUAGACGAGCAGCUCCAAUGCCUGACAUGUACCAGCAAAUGACCACGGAUGCAGGGUAUGGUGUCCAGAAACAAGUCGACAAUGCACAUCUUAGAAGAGUGUACCCAAGCGCGCUUCAAGAGAGUGGGAGAUAUAAUGAACGAUCUUCACAACAAAAGAGGUCUGAAACUAUGCCCAGGAAAUUGGAAGUAGACAGCAAGGAUCAUCGCGCCAGAAAGGGCGACUACAUCGGCUAUGGCCCGAAGCACUAUAGUGGUAGCGAAAGAAAGGUCCCACAAGGUGAAACGAAUAGGAACAAGUGGUGGGCUUGACGGUAUCAACUUGAUUGGCAGG